AUCUGGGUUAUUAAUAUUUCAGUGAUGGAAGAAACGAAAGGAUCUGGUGUUGAUAAUAAGGAUCUUAAGAAACCUCUUUUAGGGGACUCUGAGAUGAAUCUCCCUGAUCAAAGAAUUGAGAAGGUAGAAGAUAAGAAUACACCAAAGGACUCCAGUUGGCUUAUUGCUGGAAUUGGAGCAGGUCUUUUCGCAGGAUUUGGAAAUUUGGCAGUUGCCAAAACCUCCCAUUUCGGGUUCUACACGAGAGAACUUAUUCUUCUAGGAGGACUUGUUCAGGCUUUCCUCUUCUGGAUCGGUAGGUUUAUCUACAUCAAAUGCAAGACUGGAAAAUUCUGGAACUGGGAGAACUCAGGAUUCAGAGAUCCACAGACAGACAAAUUUAGAUGGCAAUCUGUGUUUGCUAUAUGAAUGGAUGCAACCAUCAAGAUCUUGGCUGGCUGGGGUGUGAUUAUUUCUUUCAAAUAUGCACUUUACGCUCAGGUGAAUCAAGGAGCUAUUACAACUAUUUAUAAUCUCAGCGGAAUCUAUGUUGCGAUGAUUUCGUGGUUCGUGUUUAACGAGAAGCUCAACAGGUUCCACUUAAUUGGAAUGUUCCUUUUAAUAGGUUGUGCUGUCACUAUCGUUCUUUCGAGGAGUUCAGGAGGAGAAGGGAAGGUAGAAGUUUAUGACUCUGAAGUAGACAAGAUGAACCCAUUGAUCCCAGUGUUGAUGGCUGCAGGAAUCUCCUUGGUUUAUGCUUGUAGAAGCAUCUAUGUCAAGCUCUUCGUAAAAAAUCUGAAUUUUAACAGUUUUGACUUCAUGACUUAUUCGUAUCUGCUUUCUGGAAUAAUUUUUGUGCCUCAUGUGAUUUCCUCUAUGCAAGAGUAUGAAUUCAUUUUGGAAGUAGUUGUUCUCGGAAUCAUUUCUGGAAUUUUGAAUGCAUUAUCUUCAUUUUUCUUAUACUAUGCUACUUCUACAGGAGUGACAGGACCAGCUUACUCUCUGAGAUCAAUCGAGCCUAUUAUUCAAGCUGUUUUCGGCAGCCUAUUAUUUGAAAUCUAUCUGAAUGGCACCCAAAUAUUUGCGAUUUGUUUGGGAAUCCUUGGCUCUUUGACUCUGACACUUGGACCGAUGAUCUUUAAAACAAAGGAUAAGAAGAAAGCUUAAC